GAGAUGGUUUCCCCAGACCCCCAAAUUAUCGUGGUGGCCCCCGGGGCCGAACCCGAGUCUACGCAAGUCCAACGCAGUGAGGACGGGGGAACCAUUCUCCGGAUAUUUUGGGUGGGCCCCAAAGGCGAGCUGCUUAGACGAACCCCGGUGAGCUCGGUCAUGCAGAUGCCGAUGGGGGUCCCAAUGGGGAAGUCGAUGCUGGUGUUGCUCACCUUCUUGGCCUUGGCCUCGUGCUGCUUUGCUGCUUACCGCCCCAGUGAGACCCUGUGCGGCGGGGAGCUGGUGGACACCCUCCAGUUUGUCUGUGGGGACCGCGGCUUUUACUUCAGCAGGCCGGCGAGCCGCGUGAACCGCCGCAGCAGCCGUGGCAUCGUGGAAGAGUGUUGCUUCCGCAGCUGUGACCUGGCCCUUCUGGAGACCUACUGCGCCGCCCCCGCCAAGUCCGAGAGGGACGUGUCGACCCCUCCGACCGUGCUUCCGGACAACUUCCCCAGAUACCCCGUGGGCAAGUUCUUCCAAUAUGACAGCUGGAAGCAAUCGGCCCAGCGCCUGCGCAGGGGCCUGCCUGCUCUCCUGCGCGCCCGCCGGGGUCGCAUGCUCGCCAAGGAGCUCGAGGCGUUCAGAGAGGCCAAGCGUCACCGUCCCCUGAUCGCCCUGCCCACCCACGACCCCGCCGCCCACGGGGGCGCCUCUCCGGAGGCGUCCGCCAAUCGGAAGUGAGCCAAACUGUCGUAAUUCUGCAGAAUGGCACCGUCCACCUGGUGCCCUCCUCCUGACCGGGGGCCGUGUUCCAUCGGGUCCCGCCUCCGACAUCUCCCGGUACCAUUUUCCCUCCGCGGGCUCCCCCACCCCCAGCCCCCUGUGCCCCAACCUCCCCAUGUCAGGCUCUUCUCUCCUUGGCCUUCUCCAUCCGGCCAAGGGGAAUGGUAGUAACACCUCCGAAACUAUACAAACUCAAUUGGCGUUAAGCAUCCCCCCAAAUCACCCCCAAAUCACACGACAAAAUACUAAACUAUGAACCCCUGAAUGACACACACGCAUGCACAUCAGUCCCCUUAAAACUAAUUGGCUUUUUAGAAACACCAGAACAGUAAUUUGGCUUAAAAAAAAAAAAACAAAACAACUAAAAAUAUCAAUUGGCUAAAAAAAUACUAAAACCAAAUUGACUUAAAAACGAUUGGCAUAAUGAAAGAAUCAGGCACCCCCCUUCCCUCUCUUCCCCAGGGACCUCGAGUCAGAUUGGCCGCGGCUCGGGCCCCUGACCGACCAGGAGAGAGGAAGGGACCCCAGAUCUGCAGGCAGGCACGUCCUUGCUCUACAGCCAGCUCCGGCCCUCCACAGGGAGAAUUGGCCAUCCUACGACAGCAUAGCCCCUUCGCUCUGUUUUCCAUCCUCGAAAAUCACCAUGGAGCUGGUUGGGGGUUCCCAGUAAGACCGAAGGAGGGGAGAACAGAACAUGAAAACCAAAAUUUGUGAAAAUAAGCUUUAAUUGGCCCAAACCCCCAUGCACCCUAAAGUCAAUCCUCCCCAAACCUACACACCCCAAAUUCUCACAUCUCAGUCCCCCCCUCUAAAAAACAGGCAUCCUGCAGACACCCCCCUACAUGCACCCACACUCACACAUGCACAGCCCUCACACACUCUCAUGUACAUGCACACAUACACACACACUCUCGUGCACACACAGCCCCUCACGCACACACACCCUCACAUGCACACACGCACACAGAUGAGUGAACUCAGCACGGUGCAGGUCGGACCACGUUCUGCCUUGGCCCCUUCUCUAAGCCGUUUGGUGAUGAGGUUUUCAUGGGCUGCUCUCCCCUCUGGACCCCUGGGAUGCACUCUUGGGGUGGGAGAGGGUGUGUCCCAGGCCCAGGUGGGCGACCCCUCUGUCUGAGAUGACGGAGGCGCCUUUGCCCACGACCCCCGUGGUGUGAGCCCCGAAGCCCCCGGGCCCCAUCGGCAUCCGUGCCCCCUACCACCGUGUGGCGAAAGGCACGGGUUUGGUGGGACUGGAGGUGGCUGUAGCUGAACGAGACGUGCCUUACAAAGUAGCCUGACCCCCUCGGUGUGCUCCGGUGAGAAAGACCUGGGGACCCCCCAGCACACCUAGGGACCAUCUUUGCGGGUCCUCUGGGGGCCCCUCUCAGAAAUGGGGGCUCCCAGGAGGCCGGCGAGGAUGGUGGGGAGUGUGGGAAGUCUGGCGGUUGGAGGGGCGGGUGGGGGGGCAGUGGGGGCUGGGUGGGGGGACGCUCUGGAGCAGGAAGUGGUCCUGCGGGGUUCGGAGUAGCGGAGUCAGGAGUGACGAGGAGAUUUGCAGAAUUACCGAUUGAAUUAGGAGCCCAAAUUGACGCCAACUGGUCUGUUACCCCCCUUUAAUUGGUUUCUCCUGGGGCUUUUUUCCUUUUUUUUUUUUUUUUUUGACCCCUCCUUAGCUUUUUACGCGCUCACACACCAAAUUAAUCUUACUCCCCGUCCCACGUAACAGGGGGGCAGUGACCAAGCAACGACGCACGAAGCCACCACCACCACCUCUGCGGCUGAGCCGCACGUCCUGCUCCCCGCCAUUUAGCGCCCCGAUUCGGUUUUUGUUUUAAUCUGUCCCUGUCGCUUGGGUUGAGUGGAGAGAGUGGGCCUCCGUGGGGCGCUGGCCACUGUGCCCCGCGGAGAAGCCGGAGGGGAAGGGAGCGGGCCGCUGCCCGGCCUGGCCUCUGGGGACGGUGGCUGGUCCCCUGAGGUCCUGAGGGGUGGAGGAGGGGCAGGGAGGUGUCUCCUCGGUGUCAGGAAGGUGCUCGGAGGCCACCAGGAAGAGGGGGCCCCUGGCUGGCUCAGGCCGGCUGGGGGGGAAGGGGUUGCAGGUGUGUGAGUCGAGGGGCUCCAUCAGGCUGGAGCAGGUGGCCGCCUUCCUUGCACUUGGGGAGCCCUCCCCCCACCCCUCGGUGACACCUUGCCCACCUCCUCAGCGCCCUGUCUUGUCCCCAGGAGGCUCCGAGCUCUGCAGGGCAUCCUAGGGGCCAGGCAGGGUGAGGUCGGGGAGCUGGGGAGGUCAGGAGGGUGCAGGCCCCGCAGAGCAGGAGAGCAGGCGGAAAGGUCCAUCAGCCGGGGUCGCUUGGGCCCCGAGGCCCGCGGGUCUGGUGAUACCGAAGCAGCCACCACCUCGGUGCCUAGGGCUGUGGCAGGGACCCGGGCGGCUGGGAGGCUUACCUCACCCCCGCUUCUGCCCCCAGUGCAGCCCCCCUGCACGACAGCCCGACUAGCAUUCUAGAGGCCCGAGGCUUCUGGGCCCUGGCGACGGGGCUGGCAUGACCCUGGGGGCGGUCCGUGCCAGUCCGCUCGAGGCACAGAGGGCCCUUUGGCAGGCGUCCGGGGACUGGGCCAUUCGGACCAUUGGACAGAAACCCCAAGAGCCAAAUUGUCGUAACUGGGACCCAGAUUGGCCUGAGAUCCAAAAAGACGCGGAGGCACCCUAAAUUGUCUGCCCGUCCUACCGGACGCCCAGCCCACCCAGUGUUACAUUCUGCCUCCUUUGGGAUGGGUGCUCCGGGACGUCUGCCAACGCUCCUCUGUGUCCCCCUGUGAGCAGCUCUCCGAGGGUCCUCAGCCAUCCUGACCCGGGCCCCCCUCUGACCUCCUGAGCCCCUGCUUGUGGCUGUCCAUCUUUUCUCCCCCCCUCAACUGUCUUCAGCAGGACCCCCUCUUGGGUCCCCCCCUGUGCCAUCACCUGAAGACCCCCACGUGCCGAGCACCGAAUGUCAUCUCGCCCACUGCCCUGGUCCAUCUGGCAGUGGCUGGUGCGGGCCUCCACUUGCCCCCUUUAACAUGCUGAUAUUUCUGGCAAAACUCAUUGCUUGGGUUUUGUCUUUAACGUUUACUGCUUGCAAUCCCAAUAAAGCAUUCAAAUUUA